AUGAAGUCAACUUCCCUCUUCACUUCUAUUCUCCUAGGGGCAACCAUAGCCUCAAGCUCCAUUAUUCCCCGCGACUCUGCGCCAUCGCCCUCUCCAAAAGAGCCAGAAGAUCCUAUCAUCCUCCUGAGCAAAGAUGAAAGCUUCCAUUUCGAGCUGCUCUUCACCCUCGGAAACACCGUAUUCGGGGCUGGCGACGUCAACGACGUCUUGGCCGCAGCCAAACACAUCAAGCCCGGCAACUUCACCAGCUGGCUCGAGACCUUCCACGCGUUAGCCGAAUACACCAAGAUCCAAGCUGAGGAUCCGGACAAUGCGUACGAUCCAUUGAACGUCCGGGAAGCCUGGUUCGCUGCAUCAAGCUACUACCGUCAAGCCGACUUCUACAACCACGCGAACUGGACGGACCCACGAAUCAAUAGCUUCUGGUUCGAACAGCGCUCUGCGUUCGACAAGGCGCUUGCUGCACUACCCGUUCCUGGCGAGCGUAUCCAGAUCCCGACCGACAACUACACUAUCGAAGCAAUCUGGUACACAACCCCUGCAACCGAUGCGGUCAAACGACCGACCUUGGUUAUCGGUAACGGUUAUGAUGCAAGCCAGGAAGAUUCCUACCAUUCGUUCGUUGUACCAGCCUUGGCGCGUGGCUGGAAUGUCAUCACCUACGAAGGACCAGGGCAGCCCACUGUUCGCCGCAAUGAUGACAUUGGUUUCAUCCCUGAUUGGGAGAAGGUUCUCACGCCGGUGAUAGACGAGUUAAUGAGUCACAAAGGCUGCUUCAUCGAUGAAGACAGACUUGUCCUUGUUGGAAUUUCAAUGGGUGGGUAUUUAGCUGCGCGUGCCGCUGCCUUUGAGCCUCGAAUCAAAGCUCUUAUUCUCAACGGCGGCGUGUGGGAUGUCUACGAGGGUUUCUCCAGUCAGCUGAGCCCUGAUAUGAGGGAGGUACCUACAACGGUGCGCUGGGGUCUAGAACACGGAUUGUGGUGCUUCAAACAGCAUUCCCCGUAUCUGUGGCUCCAGUCGCUUAAGCAGUACACUCUCAAGGACGUGGUUGACAAGAUCAACGUACCCGUCCUUGUCAUCGAUUCUGAGUUUGAGGGGUUCUUUGCUGGCCAGCCGGAGGUUGUUAGGAACGCACUUGGCGAUAGGGCAACUUACAAGUUUUUUAAUGGAACAGCUGGAUAUCACGUCCAAGUUGGAGCUGGGCAAGAGUGGAACAGGUACCAGUUUGCCUGGCUAAAUAAGAUAUUGGGAUAA